GGAGGCGGAGAAGCAAAGAAAUGUGGGCACGGGCUGUGCGGGGACGUUUUCGGGCUGCCCUGCACCGGGGCCCAGGCUUCGCUUCCAAAGCGGAUCCACAGGGAAAGGUCCAGGCUGCGGGCCCCGGGACCCACACUCCACGCCCCGCCCCGCAGGGCGGCGGCCCCGUGCCCCCCGCGAAAAUCGAGCAUCUGGAGCGUCUGGCGCUGGUGAACUUCGGCAGCCGCGAGGCGGUGGCCCGGCUGGAGAAAGCCAUCGCCUUCGCCGACCAGCUGCACGCCGUGGACACCGACGGCGUGGAGCCCCUGGAGUCGGUACUGGAGGACAGAUGUCUCUACCUGAGAUCUGACCAUGUAGCCGAAGGCAACUGCACUGAAGAACUCCUACAGAAUUCCCGUCACAUCGUGGAGGAGUAUUUUGUGGCCCCGCCAGGUAAUAUUCCUUUGCCAGACAUGGUAAACAAGAUCCCUUCUCCCACAGCAGAGUAGCUGUUCUGGGAAAGGGGAACCCUAUCAAGAUGGUGGACUCACAAAGGUGGUCACUUACUACUGUGAAUUCUGGUGUAAACUGGACAUUUAUGACUUCUUGGUUUCCGAGGACAGAAAUGGAAAACACCCAGCAAUAGACCACCACAGCCUGCUUCAAAGGAAAUGGAUCAAGAACUCACAGGCUGUUGUGUGGAAAACAUCCUCCUGCAUCUCCUAAAACCACUAUCAGAAUGUAUCUCUGUGAACUCUUCUGUUUAUGCUUAGGGGAGAGGUCGCCCGUGACCAGGUGACAACUCAUUUUAGUUUCUUUUCCACUGACUUGAGCAGCCCACCACCUUCAUUUGUCCCUGGUCCCUACUUUAUUCCUACCAGAGGGGUCAUUUUAUGGAAAGGUUUGCGUAGCACUGAAAUAAAUUCCAGCCUGGGAACUCCUAA